AAAUGCUUACAGGAAAAAUUAAAAAAAGCAACGAUUGAUUGAUACAUUUAUUAGUAUAUUGCACAGUACAGUACAUGUUCCGUACAAUUGACCACUAAAUGGUAACACCCGAAUAAGUUUUUCAACUUGUUUAUGUCGGGGUCCACGUUAAUCAACGAAACGGGAAUAUGAGUGCGGCAGCACGAGAGGAAAUUGUAAAUAAAAAAGGAAACGUCACGUCACCAGUUUGGCAGUAUUUUGGAUUUUUUAAGUCCGAUACGAAUCAGAGGAAUACUGUCUGCAAACUUUGCAAGGUCGUCGUCCCGACCAAGUCUUGGAACACGACAAACUAUUUUACCACCUAAGCCGCUCUCACCCGCUGGAGUACAGCAGCAAAGAGCCACAACAUCAGCCGGUGCAAGUGGAACAGCACCGAAGCGGCAACAACAGACCACCAUCGAGAGGUCGGGUCGCAGGGGGAGCAGCCUAAGCAGAGAAACCCAGACUUCCCUCUCACCAGCCACUUCGUCCAGCUCCAUCAGGAGGAUCCCAAGGCGUUAGGCAUGCCGCUGUGGUGAUUUCGGGGACGGCGUUAGCUCGUCAACUUCACAGAGAAAUCCAGCGUGACGUGGAGGAGUUUGUUGCUCAGGGUAACAUGAGACCUCAUCUCGGCGUGGUCUUCGUGGGGGACGACUCGGCCAGUCGCACCUACGUGAGGAACAAGACCCGGGCUGCGAGCACUUUGGGUAUCUCCAGUGACACGGUGCUGCGACCCAGCUCUGUCUCUCAGGAGGAGCUGCUGGAUCUAAUUGACAAGAUGAACCGAGACUGGCGUGUCAGCGGCCUGUUGGUGCAGCUGCCACUUCCUGAUCACAUCAACGAAAGGGCAGUGUGUAAUGCCAUUGCUCCGGAGAAAGAUGUGGAUGGCUUUCAUAUUGUGAAUAUUGGCAAGCUGUGUCUUGACCAGAGAUCCAUGGUGCCUGCCACACCUGCAGCUGUGUGGGAGAUCAUCAAAAGAUCAGGUAUCGAGACAGUGGGAAAGAAUGUGCUGGUCGCCGGACGCUCCAAAAAUGUUGGGAUGCCUAUCGCCAUGUUGCUGCACACCGAUCACAACCAUGAACGUCCCGGGGGCGACGCCACAGUUACCAUCGCUCACAGAUGUACGCCCAGGGAGCGGCUGAAGGAGCUAACCAGCCUGGCGGACAUUAUUGUUGCUGCUGCAGGUGUUCCCGGACUGAUCACGGCAGAUAUGGUGAAAGAAAGUGCAGCGGUCAUUGACGUCGGCAUUAACCGCAUUGUGGACCCCAAAACGGGGAAACUGAGGCUCAUUGGCGACGUGGACUUUGAGGGUGUAAAAGAGAAGGCCAGUUUUAUCACACCUGUUCCAGGAGGUGUGGGUCCGAUGACGGUGGCCAUGUUGAUGAAGAACACUGUGACCGCUGCCAGGAAUGCACUGAUGCAUUAACACGGACGUAAAGCCGCCUCAUGCCUCUUGAAUGAUACAAACACACACUUUUAACGACUCCAUACCUGCUGGGACGGACACUUACUUGACACCUUUAUGCGAUGUCACGGUCUUUGUUUGCUGUUAUUCAUUUCUAAGAGUCAUAUUUUUUCUACCGAGGUCACUUGGAUUCCUGGUUGAGCAUUUCACUCGAAACCGAAAAUGGAAAUAAAACUUAAGAAUGGUUUUGUUUGGGUCCAAUCCUGAAAGUGUGCCAAGGUUUUUGCUUCUCAGUCAGGUACACCUCCUCCGGCUGAUUACACCAUCAGGACCUGUAUGAGCAUGCACCAGUCGUUCUAAAAGUUUCAUUGAUUGGCGGAUGAAGAAUUCCCUCGCCGAACGCGCUCUAUAUAAAGUUGAGAGGACGGUGUUAGCGGCGUGGAGAAGCAACGGUUGGCACAAAUGUUCUUGCACAGUCUCAAAAUGGGCGUCCUGUCGGCCAUUCUUCUUCUCCUGGCAGCACGAGGGCUAUCUGCACAACAAUCAACCACAGAUCCUUUUCUAAACGACUCAUCGCCAAACACUCUGCUUGAAAAAGGCAGCAUGGAUGAACCUGUGCUCCUGGGCU